GUGUUGGUGGUAUGAUGGGGAUGUGCUCAACAGGAUCAGCAGGCUGCAAUGUCGUCAUAGAAAGCGGCAUUAUUAUCUGGGGAAGAAUCCGCUGUUUACUGGUGUUCCUCGGGUGGCGCCCUCCAGGUUUGCCCAGUCCUUGACUCGCUAGUGACGAAUAGGCGGCAAUUCUUUACAGUGCAUGUGCUGGCAGGCCUCUUAGAGUCCACGGAACCUGACGAAUAUAAUCCUUUCGUGCCCUCACCGCCCGUUCCCUUUUAAUUCCGUACCAUUCAAAUCUCUAUUCAUCUCGAGUACCUGUUGAGAAACUUCACUCUUAUUGUCUGUCUGCCUGUUUGCCAGACAGCAUUUACAAAGCGAGUCGAGCCCUCUUCCUUAUGGAAAUUCCACGCCUUCCACCACAUCACUUGUCCUACCGAGCCUCCCUACCCAAAGGGUGACAGAAAACCACCGUCAGCUUUACGCUUUCAUCGUUUACUCUAUUCCUCGACUAUACCCAUCAUUAUUCGCACCUUUCGCCUCGACCUGCCGCAAGGUCAAGGUCUCUCAUCAUGCAUGAAGAUCUACGCAGACGCGCUCUGGAGAGCGGCAAGACGGUAUCGAGCAAAGCCAGAUCCAAACAGUCCUCUAGGGGAAGUUCCAAGGCGAAUUCCGCCACAAAUUCAAGAGCCGUGUCUCGCAUCCAAAGCCGUGAUGUGUCGGAUGACGAAGACUAUGGAAAUGGCAACCUCAGCGAUGAUACCACCCAAAGCAUCAAUUCCAUCGAUGCUCUACUCGACAGCGAUGAUUUUAAUGAACAAACCACCGAUGUCAUGCGAACACAGUUGACCAGUGCCAUUGAUAAUCUGUUGGAGCGCAAAGGUAGUAGUGUUGCCGGCCGCGAAACCAACCUGACGACCUAUGUUCGUUGCUUGACCUCCCACUAUCUUGCCGAAGUGCUUUACCGCCGCGUACCGGAUCUCCUCGACUCAUUUGAAAGAAGCAUCAAAGCGGAGGCCAGCGAAAAAGAAGUCACGCUGGCCCUUCGCGCAGUUGCCCUGACAGCCAUCACCUUUGAGGAUGGUGGCGUGUAUGAGAGCAUGGCGCCGGUGUUGAAACGAAGUAUCUCUGACUCACAGUCUUUGGCAAUCAAGACGGCUGCCAUUUACUCUCUGGGCCUUUGCCUGUCGUUUGGCGGAGCUGGGGAGGAAGAAAUGGAACAGGUCAUGACCUUCCUCCUUGAGGUCGCCUCUAGUGACGGAUCGUUCAUCGACGCUCAUGACAGCUCCGACGUCGUGGCUGCGGCAAUAAAUACAUACGCUUUCCUUGCCACGUAUGUGGAAGACCUCGAGCAUGAGUCGGAAGACGCGGUGGCGGCAUUCCUCGACCAGCUUGAUUCCAGCGACGCCAGAGUGCAGAUUGCAGCCGGAGAGGCCAUCGCUCUACUGUACGAGAAGAGCUACACACCUCGUGAAGAUGAUGACUCAUCUUCGGAUGAAGGCGAGGAGAGCUCUGGAUCAGACGCAGAGCCUGACCGAUCGGGCCUUGUCAAACGAUACAAUGCCUAUCACAAUUCACACGAGGUGCUAGAGCGCGUUAAGGCUCUGUCGUCUCUGAGCACGAAAUCAAUGAAUCGACGAGACAAGAGAGACCUACAUCAAGCUUUUGCUUGCGUGGCGACCACGGUGGAAAAUCCGAAGCUAGGACUCCAGUCCAACAAUGCCUCGAAGAUGACGGUUCGGGUCCACCGGGAAGGGGAGAUGAAGGUAGACAAAUGGUGGAAAUUGAUGCGCCUGAAUGCGAUCCGAAGACUUUUGGCGAGCGGUUUCGUCAAUCACUAUUACGAAGGAAACAAGCAAGUGUUGGACGCUUUGCCAAUGAUCAUGCGGUCCACGGGAGACGAGGGUAUGCGCAGUCCCCGAAAAGGAUUGGGAACCAAGGUGACCAAGGGACGAUACCGCGACAAUCGACGCUUCAUCUCUGGAGAUCUGUUGGAACCUUGACGACGAUGAUCCGUGGACAGACGUGCGUCCACGAGUAUAGCAUUCCUGGGGUGCAUUUGAGCAGACGAAAUAUUCGCUUUACUUCUUUGUCUCAGGGUGGUAUGAUGAUGGAGAAUUUAUUGAUACAUCCAGAUCAUUUCUCGGCAGCAUCGGAGGAGACAUUGCGAGUUAUAGAUAGAGGGAGGGAAGCGCCGAAGACAGAUGCUAUUAUCCAUACACAAGAAUAGUACAGAAUAUUCGUACGGAGAACAUUACCUAGGUCACUAACCUGCUCGUACUGUAACUAUGGAGUAUUUAAUGUGAUUUCGGAUAUGGGAAUUCAUGCUUUCCGGUGG